AAUUACUCUACAAAGAGAACUGAGAAGAUCAAAGAAAAAAAAACACAAAACAUAGCUUUUGAAAUUAUGGAGGGUGCAAUAACAAACUCUUCCUCGUCGUCACCAAAGGGCCGCGGAGUAAAUUUCUCGGCCCCGAGAAACUUUGGUGUAAAACUAAGAAAAAAAUGUAAAGAAACCUUCUUUCCCGACGAUCCAUUCAAACCGAUUGGGCAAGAGCCAAACGGUUUGAUGAAAACAAAAAAGUUGUUGGAGUAUUUUGUUCCAGUCUUUGAGUGGCUCCCAAAGUACAAUAUGCAAAAACUAAAGUACGAUGUGCUGGCCGGGAUCACCAUCACCAGUCUUGCCGUUCCUCAGGGAAUAAGUUAUGCUAAGCUCGCCAGUAUUCCUCCCAUCAUAGGCCUAUAUUCAAGCUUUGUGCCGCCAUUUGUGUACGCCGUGUUUGGAAGUUCAAAUAAUCUAGCGGUGGGAACAGUCGCAGCAUGCUCUUUGCUGAUCGCUGAGACAUUCGGUGAGGAGAUGUCCAAAAAUGAUCCUGAGCUCUACCUUCAUUUGAUAUUCACCGCCACUUUCGUCACCGGUAUAUUCCAAUUUGCUAUGGGAUUCCUAAGGUUGGGGAUAUUGGUGGAUUUCUUGUCACAUUCGACCAUAACGGGCUUCAUGGGCGGUACCGCAAUCAUCAUUCUCCUCCAACAACUUAAGGGCGUCUUUGGUUUAGCUCAUUUUACGCACAAAACCGACGUCGUGUCAGUUAUCCACUCAAUCUUAGACAACCGCGCUGAGUGGAAGUGGCAAAGUACAUUGGCUGGGGUCUGCUUUCUUGCAUUCCUACAAUCCACUCGAUACAUUAAGCAGAGGUUGGGGAUAUUGGUGGAUUUCUUGUCACAUUCGACCAUAACGGGCUUCAUGGGCGGUACCGCAAUCAUCAUUCUCCUCCAACAACUUAAGGGCGUCUUUGGUUUAGCUCAUUUUACGCACAAAACCGACGUCGUGUCAGUUAUCCACUCAAUCUUAGACAACCGCGCUGAGUGGAAGUGGCAAAGUACAUUGGCUGGGGUCUGCUUUCUUGCAUUCCUACAAUCCACUCGAUACAUUAAGCAGAGGUACCCAAAGCUGUUUUGGGUAUCAGCAAUGGGUCCAAUGGUGGUCGUCAUUGUGGGUUGUGUAGUUGCUUUUCUGGUAAAAGGAACAGCACAUGGGAUCCAAACUGUUGGGCCUUUAAAGAAAGGACUAAACCCUCCUUCUAUUCAACAUUUGAACUUUGAAUCCAAGUAUCUAGGGAUGGUUUUAAAGGCCGGGAUCGUCACUGGCCUCAUCGCUCUCGCCGAAGGGAUAGCAAUCGGAAGAAGCUUUGCUGUAAUGAAGAACGAACAAACUGACGGGAACAAAGAGAUGAUAGCAUUUGGUCUUAUGAACGUAGUUGGCUNCUACUGA